CUUAGAGGAAACAGAAUCGGCUAAGCUCCGUACUUCCUGUUUAAGGCUCGAAUGUUGACUGGUAGAGAGGGAUGAGUAGCUCGGAAGAUAUUAAAACCACCCAAUGAAACCGGAAUAAAAGUUCACUCAAAAUGAGCUGGAUUCCCUUUAAGAUUGGACAACCGAAGAAGCAGAUUGUCUCUAAAACGGUUGAAAGAGACUUCGAGCGAGAAUAUGACAAACUCCAAAAGCUGGAGGAUCAGACGAAAAAGCUUCACAAGGACAUGAAGAAAAGCACUGAGGCUGAUUUAGCCAUGUCCAAAGCAGCGGUGAAGAUCUCUGGAGACCUGCUGAGUAACCCGCUGUGUGAGCAAGACCAGGCCUUCCUGGACUCCAUGACCGCUUUGGAUACGGCCAUGAAAAGGAUGGACUCCUUCAACCAGGAGAAGGUCAACCAGAUCCAGAAGACUGUUAUCGACCCUCUGAAAAAGUACAGUGGCGUUUUUCCCAGCCUCAACAUGGCAGUGAAGCGCCGGGAACAGGCUCUGCAGGACUACAAACGGCUGCAAUCCAAAGUGGAGAAGUACGAAGAGAAGGAGAAAACCGGGCCCGCUAUGGUCAAACUACAUCAGGCCAAAGAGGAGCUGCGACCGGUCAGGGAGGACUUCGAUGUGAAGAACAAGCAGCUGCUGGACGAGAUGCCCAAAUUCUACCACAGCCGCAUCGACUACUUCCAGCCCAGCUUCGAGGCUCUCAUCAGGGCUCAGGUUGUCUACUUCACCGAAAUGUACACGAUCUUCAGCGAUUUAACAGACCAGAUCGACCAGGCAGGGCUGACAGAUGAGCAGAGGGAGAGGGAGACGGACGCCAAGCUCAGCGAGUUGCGAGCUCUGUCCAUUGUCGCCGACGACUGAGGGGAGGAAAGCAUAAAAGACCGGGAAGGGCUCCUUUCAUGCCUCUGUGAAUGGAUUUCACUCUUUUCAGGCUCCUUCGUGCAGUUCAAAUGGACAGCAAUGGCCUUAACCUGAUUAUCAGAUUGUUUCCUUGCGGCCUCAUCACACACACACACCCCCCCCGGUUCCUCUUGCACUACACUCCCAUGUUUCAUCCUCUCUACAGCAGCUGAAAUGCCACAUUAACUAAGCCAUCAGCCAACAUGAUAAGCCAAUAUGUUGGGUUUUUUUUACUACAGGAAUCAAACGCUUCUCGUCAGAGCUAAUUAACAGGUUACGCUUCUUGGUUUCAGAGAUGUCUGGGAGCAUUUGUUUUUUAAGGCAGGAAAUGAGCGAGGGAAUGUUUUUUUUAUUAGUCACAUCUGCAAUGUUACGUUUUUAUUACCCAAGUUUAAAAUGAUCAACACUACUGACUGAAUGUUAUGUAAUGGAGGUUACCGGCAAAAUAUGUAUUGCUGUGUUUCGGCCUUCUCUUAGUUUAUCUCAUGUUGUGUGGGGGCUUUUUAUCGGGGUUUACAGGAUGAUCUUGGGAAUAUCACCUGUGCUUUAUGUGCCUACAUCGGACUGUGGAUGAGACUCGAGUGAGGAGAGGUUGUGCCGGUGCAGCGAGGAGGAGAGGUCGGAAAGCUGCGGAAAGAACGAGUCCAUAACAAAGGCUGGUGCUCCCUCUAGUGGAAAACACCCAUCAUGACACCAGUUAUUUCCUUUAAUUCACACCAUCCUUUGUUUUAUUGUUUGUGGUUCAGUUUUUGUUUGUGCAAAGAACCUCACGCAUUGAUGGUAAACUAAAGAAGUCUCUUCUCCAGAAGACAAUGUUAACAUGUUUUGUAUUCAGACUAAAUCAUUGCACUUCUUUGUUUCCACCGUUACCAGGUUCUGCCUCAGUAUAAUUAACGGGGCUACUUGCAAUGUGACCGAUCAUGUUUUUUUAAGGUGUCGUACCAAGAAGUUGACUAUUUAUUCUAAAGAUAAUUUCAUUGACUGUCUUUGUUUUCUGUUUGUAUUAAUGAAGGUUUUUCUAAAUAAUGAAGUGUAAGCUUUUUUUAAAACAGCUGAGUACUUUAACAUUAGAGUGGGAUUUAAUUUAGCUUUUUAAAAUGUAUUAAUAUGACAAUCUGUUGAAUAACUGUUUAUCAGCCAUCAUCUCAAUGUGUAGUCGAUCAUUAAAUAAAUUAACUGUAAAUCUCA